AUGGAGAAAGCUAAUCAUCAAGACAAAGGAAAAAAGAUUGUAGAGGAUGUAAGUGUAGACUUAAAAUUAGAUCUUCCGAUGGAGACUCAAAUGGAGUACUGGAGGCAAAGGAAUUUGUUGCCGCCUAUGGAUACUGAAAUGGAGUGGAGGCAACAAAAUUAUCCAUUUUCUUUGACCAGGACAUCUUCUUUGCCGAGGGAUAUUGAAAUCGAGUGGAGGAAAAGGUUGGAGGCUGAAAUGGCUUGGAGGCGAAGAAUGGAUACUGAAAUUGAGUCGAGGAAUAGGUUAGAGGCUGAAAUGGAUUGGAGGCGAAGAAUGGAGACUGAAAUUGAGUGCAGGCGUAGAAUGGAGACUGAUACGGAAUGGAGGCAAAUCAGUGGUCCAUUUUCUGUGACGAGGGCAGCUUCCAUGCCGCCAAUGGAGACUCAAACAGAAUGGGGGAAAAUGAGUGAUCCAUUUUAUGUUAAUAGGAAGGCUUCGUUGCCUCCAAUGGAGACUGGGAUGGACUUGAAGGAAAGGAGGGACCUCCAGACACAGACGCGUGGGGACACGCAGCAGAAUAGAUGGGAUAAACUAAAGAAUGUUAUAGUUGUUGAGGAAAAUGAAGGGAAUGGAACCUCUUCUUUGCCGUCACCUAGUGGAUCUGGAUCUGUAGGAAGUUUUGGUUUAGCUAGAACUAGUUCUCAAACUCAACAACACCUACCUAAUCAAGUUGAUGGAACUUUCAUUGAAGGUGCAUCUGGUAGUUCUAAUGCGAUACCUCUAGUCAGUGGCACAUUGGAGCAAAUGCAGCAUCUGGUAUUAGCAGCCAUUGAAGCUACUAAUGAGCAAUCACCCAACUUUUCGACAAAAGAGGGACUCAGAAAAUUCUUGCUCAAAAUGCCUGGUGUUUCCACUAAAGGUGAUGGACCAAAUGGAAAGAAGACUGAAGGAUUUUUAUACGCAUAUAAGAGGGGAGGAGAAGUGAAGAUUGUUUGUAUUUGUCAUGGUUAUUUUCUGUCACCAGCCAAAUUUGUUAAACAUGCUGGUGGAGGUGAUGUUGAAAACCCUUUAAGGCUUAUAAAUGUCGAUCCUAAUUAA